UCUCUAGCCUCCACCUGUCUUUCCUUUUCCAGAGGCCGCAUGCACGGUGACCGGGCCCAGAACGGAUCCGUUAUUCAAGAAAUGGCAUGCUGCUCUGCCAAGGGAAUGGCGUGAGCCCAGUUAGCGCAGGAUCCCCCACCCCCAGUCACCGGAUCACACGGCGGCAGCUGGUCCCAGGUGCUAUUUUCACUCUGCUUUUAUAAAGUGGUUGGCAGCAGUCGGCUGCACCAUGAAACAGACACAGUUGCAGCUCAGUCCCCCCGCCUUAGACACCCAGCCAGGUCCACCAUGAAGUCCACAGGGAGCGAACAGAGUGCCACGCCGGACGGUUUCCCCUCCGACCUGGACGAGCUGGAUAGUGGAAGCGAGGAGAGCUCCGACAACAAGUCGACGGGUGGCGGCUGUAGCCCCCAGGGAGGGUGCCGAGAGGGAGCCAGGCAGAGGGAGAGGGGGUGCAGCAGGCGUCUGCCGGGCGUUAGCAAACAGAGACAGGCAGCCAACGCGCGGGAACGGGACAGGACCCACAGCGUGAACACGGCCUUCACCGCACUGCGCACCCUCAUCCCCACAGAACCGGCCGACAGGAAACUGUCCAAGAUCGAGACGCUGCGCCUGGCGUCCAGCUACAUCUCCCACCUUGCCAACGUGCUGCUGCUGGGGGACGAGUGUUUGGACGGACAGCCCUGUCUCAGGUACCACAGCAUCCUGCAGAGCAGCACCAGCAUCAACAGCAGCAGCCCCCCGCUCAGGCCCAUAUGCACUUUCUGUCUCAGUAACCAGAGGAAAACGCUCAGAGAUGGAGAAAAGCACACAGCCAUCUGACAUGGUCACGCACUACUGUCAAGACCAGGAUGCAUACCAAGUCACACGGAUGUUUACAUGUACCUACGAGUGGAAAAAAAAAAAGAUAUAACUUUGUACAUAUUUUUGCUAAAUCUUAGGACAAAAAAAACCCCACUGAAAUGCACUUUCCGUUCUCACAUGUGCGUCUUAUCCACUGUGUUUUGGUCAAAUUGUAACUCGAGCACAAUGUGUAAGGUUCCACCUGACAGUGGGCUAUUUCGGUAUCAGAAAUAGUAAGCCCUAGUGUUGCGCUCCUAAAAACACAGUCUCGCCUCCCCCAUGCAGCCAGUCACAUGGUUGUAACCCAAGCCUAGGCCGUGCAGCGGUUGCUGUCAGUAGAGUAGUGGACUGGUUGGCUUGUCUCCUGACUCAUCUUUUGCCAACUGAGUAGAGGGUGCCUUGCUCCGGAUUAUUACAAAUUCAAACUCACUUCAAAUAGCCCCAAAUAUAAUUUGGUAGCUGUAAAAUUGUAUUUCAUUUUAACCAGGAUAGUCCACUUAGUAAAUGAGUAUAAGCCACUGCUUUCAUGGGAGUCUUGAACUCUAAAUGGGGGAGGCAAAACAAAUAUAAAAUGUGCUUGAAUCCAAAUAUUAAAGUGUUAUAUAUAGCCCCCCCCCCACCACCACUAGUACAGCAGAAGCAACCCCACUUGGUGUUUACAAACUUUACCACAACAUCAAAUCAUAUUCCAUGUCAAAUGUAACAUGGUGUGGAACAGAAGAAAACGUAACAUACAUAUAUGUAAUCACUGCUUUUGGGAGCUCAAUGUUAUACCGUAUGUUGAGAAAUGUUUACUUGCAUGUAUUGCACAAGCCUUUUCACAAUUCACAAACACACAAUAGUUCUGCAUGUGUGUCUGUGCAGUAUUGGUUGCACCUUUGAAGGCCCAAUGCAGCUGUUUUUAUAUCAGCAUCAAAUCAUUUCUACUUAAAAGUACCUUACUGUAAUAGAUUUCCAUUAAAAUAGGGAAAAAAAAACUCUCAAGCAAGAAUUUUGCUAAGACUGUCUGGGAGUGGUCUGAGUUGGAAGUUUGGAACUCUUAUAGGUCAUGGUGUAUUAAUUAACUGCAUGGUGAUGUCACAAUGGAAAGUCAAAACUCCCACCCAUGCAAACCUGCUGAGCAGAAGGUCCUGUGUAGAUUGUAUUUUCAACCAGCAACUACCAGGAAAUAACACUGAUCAAAUGUUUUCAUACUUUUACAGUGUUAGUUUCAUCAGCACAAUAUAAUUUAAAAGACCGGAACAGAAUUGACUGCACUGGACCUGCAACACCUUUCAGCUUAACACAAACAUUUUAUGCAUUGAUUUGGGUAUAUAUUAAAUUACGUCAAAAUCAUGCAAGAUAAAAAUACAAUAUUUUUAUGAAUUAUCCAAAACAAAUAACUUGUUGCACACGGAUUGCAAUACACUUUUACCUCAAUGAAGAUCUCUGAAUGUAUUAACCUAAUAGAAUUAUAGGCCUACCUCCAAGUCUAUUGUAAUGUGUAGCAUUGUUGUAAACAUACUUGAAUUUCUCAUAACUUAUGGAAGACAAUUGUCCUCUGCACAUAAAGAAUGAGAAGCUGUUUAAGAAAAAAAUAAAUGUAUUUUUGUACAAUUAGUUAAAAAUAUAUAUUAUUUGACUUGUAAACACAAUCAUUAAACUACUUUCAAAAUAAUAUUGGACUGAUGACUUGAAUGUGCAUGUAAAAAGACCUUUAGGCCAAGUUUACACAGGCAGUCCAAUUCUGAUUUUUUUCCACUAACUUGACCAAUCAGAUCAGCUCUUUUGUCCAUAAUUGUGCUCUUUUGUCCAUAAUUGCCUGUGUUAACACAGCCUUAAUAAAUAAAAUUUUUUUUUAAAUCA